AUCCUGUAAUGGAUAUCGUCGGCUAAAUUAAGGAUUUGUUUAUUUCAUUCAAACAGUAACUGUAUAUUAUAUAUUUUUUUGUUAUUUUCACAAACUGAAUAACUAAUUUAUGUAUAUUUCAAGUGCAUUUAAAAUCCGUAAUAUAGAUUAAAAUUUGGAACUUAAAAUGCAACCUUUGUCAAUCGAUACCAAAACAGAUAUUCCUAUUAAUUUAAAUCAAAUUAAAAUUGAUAUUCGAAAGGGAUUGCAAGAAUGUAUUGACCGAGGUUUAAAUCAAACUGCGAAAUGGCUCGCAGAGCUAAAUUAUGCUUUGAAAGAUCAUAAACUUCCUUACGAAGAGCCUACUGGUCCUUACGACGAUGGUAUCGCAGUUGAAGAAAGAGAAGCAUACAUUUUAGCAAAAAGGUAUUUUGAUUGCCAAGAAUUUGAUAGAGCUGCGCACUUCUUAGAAAAUUGCAACAGUCCAAAAUGUAUUUUCCUUCAUAGAUAUUCUCAGUAUAUGUCUAGUGAAAAGAAAAGAUUGGAUAACGGUACAGAAACUGGAGCAGAAAAUACAGAAUCGACACAAGUGUUAUUGGAUCUUUUAUCUUUCUUUAAGGCCAAUAGAAAUAAUUCAGAUGGAUAUCUUCUCUACCUAGAAGGAGUGGUAUUAAAAAAGUUAGAUCUACAUAGUCAGGCUGUCACAACAUUCCAGGCUUCAGUACAUGCAACUCCAACACUCUGGGCAUCAUGGAUAGAACUUGCUAGUUUGAUUACUGAGUUUCAAGCUCUGGAUACUCUCCAAAUGCCAAAACAUUGGAUGAUGUACUUCUUUGCAGCUCACACUUUUACUGACUUAAAGCUUUCUGACCAAGCUCUAGAAGCCUAUAUGACACUGGUGUCGGCUGGCUUUGACAAAAGUACUUAUGUCACAGCUCAGAUGGCUAUUGCACAUCAUGACCGGAGAGAUGUGGAUUCUUCACUAACAUUAUUUCGAGAAUUAUACCAAACUGAUCCAUACCGAUUAGAUAAUUGGGAUGUGUACUCCCACCUUUUGUAUUUGAAAGAAAAACGCAUGGAGUUGGCAGAUUUAGCACAAAGAGCUGUGUCCAUUGAUAAGUAUAGGGUUGAAACAUGCUGUGUCAUAGGUAACUACUACAGUUUGCGAAGCGAACAUCAGAAAGCUGUACUAUACUUUCAGCGAGCAUUGUCCCUAGACCCUCAGUACUUAUCUGCCUGGAUUUUGAUGGGACAUGAAUUCAUUGAACUACAGAACUCAACUGCUGCUAUACAGUGCUAUAGACAAGCUAUAGAUGUAAACAGGAAUGAUUAUCGUGCUUGGAAUGGAUUAGGACAAGCAUACGAAAUAUUAGGAUUGAAUGGAUACUGUAUAUAUUACUACUCCAGAGCUGCACAACUUAAACCAGAUGACUCCAGGAUGUUGGUGUCUCUCGGGGAAGCUUAUGAGAAAAUGGAUAAAAUACCAAAUGCAUUGAAAUGUUAUUAUAAGGCACAUAGUACCGGGGACAUAGAAGGGAUGGCAUUGUUCAAAUUAGCAAAAUUAUAUGAAAAGUCGAAUAUGCCAAACAGUGCAGCAGCGGCUUACACGGCAGCGUGCCAAGAUCCCGCCAAUGCCAGCAGCAAGGAAUUGCCGAUAGCACAACGAUAUCUAGCUCAGUAUUACUUGAGAUUCUCAUUGCUCGAUCAUGCUGCUCACUAUGCAUACAAGUGCCUGGAGAAUGAAAGUACAAAGGAAGCUGGAAAAAAUAUACUGAAGACUAUAUCAGAGAAGCGGUUAGCAGCAUCGUCUUCACAGCCGACCAGCUUACCCGAUGAUUUACCUGAGGCCAUCAAAAAUGUGUCUGCUGCAUCGUUGUCACAUGACCCACCUAAAACACCAUUACCAAGUCCCAAUGUUACACCGGACAAUUUCUCUACACCACUUAUGGCCCGGAAAACUACGAAAUAUAAAAUGUGACAUACAAUUUCACGCAAGUGUAAAAUGUAAAUGAACUAUAGUGAAUCAUUAAUGUUUAUCAUACUGAAUAUAAUUUAAUGUACAACUUUAA